AUGGCAGAGCAACUCGCUCAACUGGUGCGCGAGGUGGAACGCCUAGUCACUGCACCAUACGUGCCUUCGUUACAGGACCUCCAUGAUCUGGUGUACCAAAUCCAACCUCCAACAAUUAGCGCUUGGGCACUAUGCAAGCCCUGCCAAGUUGGCUUGUUGGCUGAUAUUUUGAUCGAAGCCUUAUCACGAUCGCGCGUCGCCCUGCCUCUGAUUACUGCAUUCGCAUCUGCAUCAUCCUUUAGAGAUGCGCUGGUUGAGCGGCAUCCGAUCAUUUUAGAUGCCUUUUUGGAAAAGGCCGUGGACACUAAUGGGGCUGAGUAUUUCCCGGCAUGUAUCGCAUUAUUCUCAUCGCCCCUGCCAGCGGGUGUUGUGCCACCAGCUAGGAUUGCCCUCUUCCUCGCGAAGCUGGUCGGCAUGAUGGCAGAGAAUCCCUGUGUUGAGACUGUAGCACCUCUUCACACACUCAUCUCAGGACUAAAAGGCUCACCAAGGAUCUUGAAUGACAUUCCCUCCGAGGUCAUGUCUAAUCUCCAGCUAGAGUUCACCAAGACACUGCGCAACUUGGACGAUCAUAUGGGCAACCUCUUGUGUCUGGCAACUUUUGCGCACAUUGCGACGGCACUAGGUACAGCAUCUCAAAAUCAACACGGAUCAGAAGCGCCAUGGCUUCUUAACAUUAGGCAUUUCUUUGGCCAGAAACGCGGUCUCAAAACACUUGACUUGGUCGUCUUGCGUGUUAUACUAGCUUGCUCAUCCAGCUGUAAUCUGGCACCGCCACAGGCGGCUGAGAGUAUUCGACUGGCAAUUUGCAUCGCUGACGCAGUUGAGCCUGAACAGAAAAGGGCUUGGAUAGCAGGUAAUAAUCCUAAGAUUGCUAAGCUGUGCGAGAAGGCUGUCAGAGAUGGUCUCUAUAGCCAAACACAAACGAUGGUAAUCGUCUUUUUGCACACACUUCUCCCCGCACACUCAUUGCCAUCCCAGCUACGGGAAAUUGGCAUAAAGGUCCUCUUGUCUAAGAAUAUCCAAGAGACUAUGGAAAAGAUACCCCAUCAACUGAUUCCACGCCUCGCGAAGUCUUUAGCAGAAUCUGGGGCAUCUGCCACUCAUCAACUUUUGGCACUUACUUUCGAUGUCUUAAGAAACAGUAAAUCGUCGGGGAUGGGAGAGAUCGCAGCAUUGAACCUAGCUCACUUGGUAUUAGCCGGUGUGCAAGAACUAAAUCCCCAGACAAUGAUUCCUAGCUUCAACAACUCCAUGGCCCCUCUGAGGGAAGUUCUUGGGGAAAUGGUUGAAUAUUUCCCUCGACAGCCUAGUGAAAGCCAAUGCGGUGGUGGAGCAUGGUGUGCAUCCGAGCUAUACACAAAGAAAAACAGGCUGUUUCUAUCUCUAUUAAGACUAUACAACACGGCUUCAGCACAAGACGGUAGCGACAUUAUCAUGAGAUCCUUUAUGGGGAGAGUGGAGGAAUCAAUGCCGAACCUCGAAUGUGCCUUCUCAAAAACAACCCCCAAAGCCUUCCGUGGCUCCCUCGGCUUGCACGACAGACAUGACCUCUUGUCAACUCAGAUAAACCGCAAUUGGCGAUCUGGGGUCACUGAGCUCUUUAUGCAGAACGCCCAGGCCUCUCACGACAGCAUGAUGAAAAAGAUCGAGGAUACGUGCUUUGACCUAGAGCGUCGCUGUCACGAUGUUGAAGGACCCCUGCGAGCUGCCGAAGAAGAGCGGGACAGAUAUGCAAGCGAAAAUGAGCAACUGAAAAGGCAAAACGAAGAAUUAAGCGAAAAACUGAAAACUCAAAAUACAGAUAUGGAAACCAAGUUAAGGAACUCAUCUGAAUGUUUUGCUAAACUUGGUCACGAGAACAUACGCCUUGAACAACUCCUUCAAGAUCAAUGCGCCUACACUGACGCGCUAACUAUGUCACUUGAAUCUGCACGUGAGGAGCUUCAGCUGUACCAACAGAGUUCUGAGAAGGCACUUCUCGCUGAGAAAGAAAUGGCCCGCUCGAAGGAAUUGGAGUUGAUGGCUACUUUAACUGAAAAAGACGAUCAACUGGAAGAGCUUCAGCAGGAGAUGUGCGGUUUGCAAAUGAAGAAUGAGCAGACGAACCAGAGGCUUGAUCAAGUGCAGGAGGAAAUGCGCAGCUUGCAAGUGAAGGAUAAGCAGACACGCCAGAGUCUUGAUCAAGUUGCGAAUGAAAAGACCGCUUUAUCCGAAUUGUCCAACUCCCUGAAGCAAGAGCUUGCUGAUGCUUCAGAGACAUUGAAGCGGGCCAGACUUCUUGCUAAUGAGAAAGAAGAUGAAGUGAACCGUCUCCAAGCCCAGGAGGAGGAGUUGCGAAAGGAACUGGGGUCUGUGGAAACAACGGUUGCCCAACAGAAUAUUGAAGUUGAGAGGCUCUAUUCUGCAUUGGAAGAAUGCGGGGAAAAAUUGCGGAAUGAGGUUGAAAAGCUGAAACAUGACCAUGAAGCCGAAGCUUCUCGAGCCACAUCCGAGAUGGCAAAGUACGAGACUGAAAAUCGGCGAUUGCAAGCUGUUAUGCAAGCUGCCGCUCUUGAUGCUACCAGAAAUGCCCAAUCGAAAGACAAACGGAUCCAACACCUGGAGAGAAAGAUACAAGCCUUACGAGACGAACGUGCUGCCAAGGCCCGUGAGUUCUCAGAAGCACAACAACACAUUGGCCGCCUAAUGGGCGUGAUGGGCUUCUCUGCCAAUGCCCCCGAGUCAAAUCCCCCUCCAAAACACCAACGAACCAGGUCCUCUGUCAACGCUACUCCAACUGCAAGAAUCUCCCAAACCAUAAGCGAUGAUGAAGAUGGCACACAGCUCGCACAGUCCUUUGAAUCCAUAACCUCCAACUUCAAUGGUCCUACCCCAAAACGGCCAAGAGGGAACCGAAAAUCAACAAACCUGCCUUACACUUUGAACACUUCGUCCGCUGCAGCUCCUAAGACGAAAACUCCGCCGCCGGCCACCGGCGUAUCUCGCUCAGUGAGAAAACCACUGGCGGAGGCUGACAGCAACAGCCCUACGAAAUCACAGUCAAGCAGUGCGUCGAAACGAAAUCAGGUGGAUGACUCUUUCCAGGAGACACAGGUACAGGGGGGUUUUGAGGAGAACAGGCUUCAUGACCUGGAUUUGGAUAUGGAUCUGGAGUUUUCUAGAGACUUUCUAUUUUCGAGCACGGCUUUUACGGGGUCGACGGAUCGUAUUGCGCAGUAA